AUGUUACCAAACCUUAGAAAUGAACGGAUUCAUCUGAGAUUCCAGGACUUUAAAUCUGUUUCAAACUACAAUUCUGCAUUGUACGAAAUUACUGCACAAUUACAGUUAUGCGGUGACAUGGUCACAGAAGAGUCUAAACUGGAGAAAACUUUCACGGAACAAAAUAAUGAACUGCUGGUGAAAAAUCAUGAAUCUUGUCCUUGUGGUUCUGCUCUUGUGCCAGAAGUAAAUGAAACAUCUUACUGUAGACAUGGACGCGACUCUAGUAAACGUGGUUCUCGUGGAAAAAAGAAUAAACGUGGAGGUCGAAAGAACAAAAAUACCAGUGGUGAUCCGUAUAAAAAGGAACAUGAUACGGAUGCGAAACAAAAUGAAAAGAAGAAGGCAGCAAAAACAGAGAUGAAUCUAGCUGAAGCUAGUGUUUCCACCAAAUCUCCAAAGCUAGAUGUUGCUAGCUAUUUGGUUGAUCUGGAAGACACUAAGUACGAAACUGAUUUCGAUCAGUUUGCUAAUGGUUUAUUUAGUGUAAAUUAA